AUGCAACCCCCUCAGUGCCCGGGACCAUGUGUGGCCCUUCACGAUGCAACCCCUUUGCUGCCCGUGUCCAUGUAUGGCCCUUCACGAUGCAACCCCCUCAGUGCCCGGGACCACGAUUGCCCCUUCACGAUGCAAUCCCCUCAGUGCCCGGGACCAUGUGUGGCCCCUCACGAUGCAACCCCUUUGCUGCCUGGAACCAUGUGUGGCCCCUCACGAUGCAACCCCCUCAGUGCCCGGGACCAUGUGUGGCCCCUCACGAUGCAACCCCCUCCGUGCCCAGGAACCAUGUGUGGCCCCUCACGAUGCAACCCCCUCAGUGCCCGGGACCAUGUGUGGCCCCUCACGAUGCAACCCCCUCCGUGCCCAGGAACCAUGUAUGGCUCCUCACGAUGCAACCCCGUCAGUGCCCGGGACCAUGUAUGGCUCCUCACGAUGCAACCCCCUCAGUGCCCGGGACCUUGUAUGGCCUCUCACGAUGCAACCCCGUCAGUGCCCGGGACCAUGUAUGGCUCCUCACGAUGCAACCCCUCAGUGCCCGGGACCAUGUAUGGCCCCUCACGAUGCAACCCCUCAGUGCCCGGGACCAUGUAUGGCCCCUUACGAUGCAACCCCCUCAGUGCCCGGGACCAUGAUUGCCCCUUCACGAUGCAAUCCCCUCAGUGCCCGGGACCAUGUGUGGCCCCUCACGAUGCAACCCCUUUGCUGCCUGGAACCAUGUGUGGCCCCUCACGAUGCAAACCCCUCAGUGCCCGGGACCAUGUAUGGCCCCUCACGAUGCAACCCCCUCAGUGCCCGGGACCAUGUAUGGCUCCUCACGAUGCAACCCCCUCAGUGCCCGGGACCAUGUGUGGCUCCUCAUGA